CUAACAUUGGCGAUGGAAAUAUCGACUUCUUCAAGAUUAAUUUAAGCAUGACCCAGGAUCCGACAUACAACACAUCAUUUCUGGAUACCUAUCAUAAUGGAGAUCUGUUUUGGUAUUCAACCCUGGAACAUUAUGUCACUGAAUCAUGUAACUUUACGAAACAUCAUAAUGAUUCUAAAAUGGUGUACUUGUGGGUUUCUAAAAAUGAAAUUCAAGCAAUCCUUCAUGGUUUUCAACUUCAUGGAAGAAUCCACUUCACCGUCACAGCUGAUAAAAUUCCUGGACAUGGAUUGAACACUACUUGCAACAUUGGUGUUUGUGUGGGAAGAUUAGUACCGUCUUUAGCAGAGCUAUACAAAGACUGUUUCAUGGACCUCGACAUUUAUAGUUUGAAAACACCAAACGUAUCAUUUGAGAAAAACUUAGCCGUGUUGAACGGGGAAAUGGUUAUGUUUGCAGACAUCAGAGAUCCGAAUAAGCAUAGCUCCACUCGAAUUGCAAAACUAGAUCUAUCUGUGACUUUGCGCGUCAAAUUAUCAAUCACUAAUACAACUCUACAGGGAGAGAUUGUCGCAUUUGAUCCAUUUAUAAAGGGUAUAUUGGCUGAUCCAAAACUUACAGACUUUAACGUACGUUAA